CUUGUCUGGCUUGCCUUAGCCCUUUUCGAUUUGCUGGCACUGAACAUUGGUGAAUAUGUCGACUGCCCCAGAAGAUCGGCUGCGUGAGAACCUCAAUCGAUGUCUGUCGGACUCCCUGGUGAAGGGAGUUGGUGGUCUGGUGAUCGGAUCCGUGGUCACCCUGCUCUUCUUCCGGAGGCGCAUAUGGCCCGUCUGGCUGGGCACUGGAUUUGGCGUGGGCGUGGCAUAUCGUGGCUGUGAGAAGGAGCUCAACGAUGUGAAGUUUGGCCAACGGAAGUGAACUUACGCAUUCGGACAUUGAAUUUUACUGCUGCUUACACGUGUUCGGUUUAAUGGCUUGCGUUUCUGUGGAUUGUGCCACCAUUUGAGUAAAUAAACUCGAA